GACAAAGAUGCCGACAUGAUAGAUAAUAAUUUUGUAGAAGAUGUAGAUGACGAAUCCCAAAUAACAUUAAAAGCUAUGUUAGAUGGUAUAGAUGUGACAAAAAUAAUUGAAACAUGGAAAAUUUACCGAAUCAGAGGCGUUUUUCGUAAAAGCAAUCUGUUUGAUAAUGUUCUUGAAAAUUCACCAGUCCUUACAGCAAUAUCUAAUAAUAGUACAACACUAUAUGAAGUGGAUUUUACUCUCGAAAGUUUAAAACAUAUACAAGGGUCUGACCAGAAAGAAAACAUACAACAAGUUAUUCCUCAAAGAAAUAGGUUCAGAGUAGUGUUCUCAACUGCGAAAAUGGCAAUUAAUAUCGUGUUAGAAACUAAGAGCGAUAAUGAGUUAGUUCAAAUGUUAAAAAGCUUUAUUUUAUCUAAAACAAAUAAUAAUGAAGAUAGUUUAGAAAAAAAUAUAGCCGCAAGAAGUAACAAUAAUGAAAAUAAUCAAAAUGAUAGUGAAAUACUUCCCUUACAACAGCGUUUGAUAGCCCAAACAACAAACCCUCAUGUUAUGAAAAUUAGAGGAGCUCCUUGUAAAAGAAGGAUUAAAGGUGCUAUAGAAGUUAAAAAGGUAGGUGAAGUUGAUAGUGGAGAAGCAAAAGCAUAA